ACACUCACCAAAAAUAUUCACCUUCAAGAGAAUGUGUUGAUGCUAACUGCUGAACUUCAGAAGUACACUGAUAAAGAGAAGCCCCUGGAAUCAUCACCGAAUGCUGAUGACGCCAGCCAACCUCCUCCGACCUCCGGCCACAGCAGCGAGUCCAGUCAAGACCCCACCUCCUCGUCCUCGCAAUCUUUGUCAGAUCACAUGACAGUCACAUGAUCAGAUCACUACAUUUAUUUUUCGUGCAUAGUAUAAUAUAAUUAUACAGUAGUUCGUGUAUCUAUAGCUAUCUAUAGCUAUCUAUUUUGUGUGCAUACAUGCGAAUUUUGCUAUCGGUGCACGUAC